UGGAGGUGUUGACGUACACAAUGCAUUCAUUCGCUGAUUGGUUCGUUCAUCAAACGUGGGCAUGGGCCAUGCAUGGAUGGUCAAUGCCCCGUCUCUCUCACACACUCACACACACAGGCAGCUUGCUAGGCUCGGCAUUGAAAAACCCAAACCCAGCCGACUCAAUUCCACCCCUUCCACCCACCCACGAGACGCCACACCCAUACACACACUGACUGACUCGCUCUACCUGCCUAUGGCCGACAACCUCUCUCUCUAUGUCCCGUCCUCCCAUCCAUCCAUCUCUCGAGAGACGGGAGGACGGACGCUUAAACGGUACGGCAACGGGGUAUGGUACACACACUAGGCCAGCCAGCAGCACCCGCAUCCCAUUUGCCCACAGAGAGACGCUGCCCACGGCCCGGCCCACGUCUUGCCCUUUUGCAGCCAGAUUUCAGCCAGCCAGAGGGCGAGGGCGAGGGUCAGGGUCACACACAGUCCCCUCAUUCAGGCAAAGUAGGAGGGUCGUCCCUUGUAUGCGUCGAGUAUGUCGAGCUGGGUCUCGGUGAACUUGGGUGCGUGCAGCUGCUUCCAUGCGUCCUGGUGGGUGCGGAAGAACUCCUGCAGGCUCUUCUGCACCUCCUUCCGGAUCAUCUCGGGCGCCUUCGAGUGGCCGUAACGAGCCUGACAAACGAUGGUCCAUCCACCCACAUCACACAGACGGGAGUGGAAGUGGUAUGGUGUGCGUGUCCGUCUUCGUUGUCUGUGUUGUGUUGGCGUGGUUUGCUGACAAGUGUGGUGAUGGUGUCGGGUAGCCAGUCGGGGACAUGGUAGGGGACGGCCUGGACGAUGGCCGCCAGACCCAACACGCCCGCCUGCAUCGCAGCUGGCUCGCUCGUGCCCUACACACAGAUACACAGAGAGAAAAAUAUGUCUGUGUAGAGAGAGAGAGAGAGAGAGAUGGUGGGUUUGGUUUGUUUGCUCACAUUGGGGUUCUUGGUGGAGGGGGGCGGGCCGGCCAGCUUGACAAACACCUACAGGCAGCCAGCCAGACAAGGCAGACACAGGCACAACAGUGAUGUGAUGGCCGCUUGGCUUGGUGGUGUGUGUGUGUGUGUGUGUCUACGUUAGUGAAGUGUUUGAUCUCGUGGCUGUUGCAGGUCAUGAAGAGAGACGACAGCGCCUCCUUGGCCGCCUGACGAACCUGAUGGAUGGACACAAUAGAUAGAUCAGACAAUGGAUGGAUGAUGGGUCACACCGCACACACCGAUCCAAUGAGACACAUACACACAGAAAGGGGGGUUGCGCGUGUGUCUGCCUGCCCUGCGCACAUACGUCAGCUUGUGAGUCCUGCAGCGAUGCGAUUGUGAUGUCGAUCAGCUCCGAAUACUCCGACGUCGAGUACAGCACCAUCCGACAACCACUCGCCAACGUCUGACACACACCGCACCGCUGUGGCUGGGCUGUGCUGUGCUGUGCUGCGGUCGCAUCGCAUCGCAAAGCAUCGCACCUCAAUGAAUCGGAUAAGUGCGAUCCUGACUUUUCUGGACCCGCUAUCGAGGUGCGCCUUGAGGUGCUCCAGCACACCGGGCCGCAGCCGGGCGAUGGGCACCUGGGCCGCACGGGGGUCCGUCUCAGCCAUCUUGAUGUGCAGCCGGGACACUGCACGCACACGCACAGGCACACGCACACGCGGUGGGUGGAAAGGUGGUGGGAGGGUCGGCUCCGCGGGGGGUGUGUGUGUAUGGUGGGGAGGGAGUGUGAAAUGUGAAAUGUCUUGUCACUUAUUUACUUGCGAGUAGUGAGAGUGUGUUGUUUGAGAGGGUGGAGACGUCGGUGUCGGGGUGCUUGCACCCGGCAAAGAAGAACGGCAUACACUGAAUGAACGAAACGACACACAGCCAGGGCAGGGCAGGGCAGGCACACACCACACCGACAGGCGAGUGGGACAAGUCAGGGGGGCGGGGCGCGCUGUUGUGUGAUUGCGUACUGACUUUAAUGGCAGCGGGUGUGGCGAAUCUCUGGUCGUGGGCCGCCAGGGACCACACAAACUGAUACAACACGCACUCAGACGCUGAGCAAUCGACGACACACACAGACACACACACAGACACUCAAGGAGUGAGCAGACGGCGAGUGGAGUGGUGUUGCUGCCGGGUGGCCUGGGUUAGGUUACCCACCGCAGAGGGGCGAUGGCCGGCUCUCCCCGACUUGACGGUCUGAACGAAACCACACACAAGCGAUGGAUGCGACGCAUGCAUGGCAUGAGUGUCUGUCUGUCUGUGUCUUGCUUGGUGUGUCCUGUCCGCCCCUCCAUGGCACUCACCGUGAGCAGAGGUGCUGUCCGUCUCCAGGAAUUGCUACACACACACACACAGAAAGAGAGAGAAAUGGGUUCCUCUGUGUCCGUCCGUCUGAAUAAUCAAUGACUACUACUUGGUGUGUAGCUGCCUACCGUGAUGUCGCUGGCCUGGUCGACCAGGAACUGCGUCAGCCCCUCUGACCAAAUUCAUAAGACAGACAGAUGCGGGAGAGGAGACGCCGUGUCCGGUGUAAGGUGUGUGGUGUGUGUCGCUUGGCAAGACUGACUGACUGACAUACCGCCGAUGGGUCUGACGUCUUUGGGUGCGGUGGCCGACAGCGUGACGCCCUGGAUGAAAUACAGCACACGCGCCACCUCCUCACGCACCUGCACAACACAACACAACCACACACGCUCGGAAACAUGUUGGCACACGUGUGUUGUGUGCUUAUUGACAGAUUGAUUGCGUGCACACCUGUUUGUAGGGGUGUGCGAAUGCGGUCUUGACAGGGUCUAUGACGGUGGUGAGGAGGUCCGGGAGGGCCCAGUAGGUCUCCAGCAACAGCGCCUCGUACAGCUUCAGACGCUUGUAGUGCUCAAAGGUCGACGUACCCGCACCCCCGUCCUCACCCUGCAGCGGAGCCAACGUCUGGUGGACGCAACACAACACAAACAACACAACACCAUCACACAAACCGACACACCAAUGAACGAACGUCGUUCGGUCCCUCCCUCCCCCCGGUGUGCUGACGACGCACACACACACACACACACGGCACCUGCCUUGCCUGGAUUUGAGUGCUGUUUGGCUCCUUCUCGAGGUCGAGGAUCAUGUUGAAGAGCGGCCAGAAGGGCAGCGAGCCCUCCCUGUCGGUCACCUUCUGCACCGCAUACCGCAUCGCGUCACUCAGGUGAGGCACGCGCUCGCGGUUCGCGGCGUGGAACUCCAACACCUGAACACACCACACCACACCACACCACACGGACAAGGGAAGGGUGUAAUGUAUCGUGAGUGGAGAGUUCCUGUGUGUGGUGCACAUGUGUUCUGUCCUACAAAGUGCGGGUAGAUGACGGUCCAGAGCUUCUCCCUGUCCUCCGGCGCCCACUUGCGGCUCGCACGCACCACGCCCGAGAAGACCUCCGUGAAGGCCACGUGCGGCUCCUGCUCGGUGGCUGGCUGGGACGUCAGCUCCUCCAACAUCUCACCCAACGGGCCAUCUAGGAAGAACACCCUACACACACACACACACACACACGGGGGAAUAAGACGAGCAAGCAGAAUGGAUGGCUCGGCAGGGUGUGGGUCUUUCCUAUCCUCUCAGUGAGUGCACCCCUCACCGACCUCUCGGUGUCGCCUUUGAUUGCGUCCCUGGUUCGGUAGAGCAGCUGGAAGAGGGUCUGCCAGAAGAGGACGUUGUGCAGCGAGAAGGCCCCGCUGGUGCGGCCGCUGCGGAAGAUGGGCCAGGUGAUGUCGAUCCGGAUGACGUCGACGACGACGUGCUGAGCGAUCUCGCUGUCAGGCCCGCCCUGAUGGUUGAGGCUCUGGUGGUGCACCGCCGUCAGAGACUUGAGAAACUGCUGCAAGGUCGCCUUGGAGUGCAGCUCACGGACCACUGAGGGCGGGAUGCACUCGGGCCUGUCCCCCCACACAGAGGGAGAGAGAGAUGGGACAAGAAUGCCGACAGCUCUCGUCUUCGGAACUCACUGUUUCUUUAGGUGUGCGAGUGCCAUGGUUAGGCCGUGUGCGGCGACGGUGUUGAGCAUGAUGGAGAAGGUGCUGACGUCGAGCGCCCGGAUGAGCCACAAGAGGUAGGGCUCCAGGGCCGUCGUUGAGGGUGGCGAGUUGAGUGCCACCAUGCCGCAGGUGGCCAGGAGGGAGUACCGCCAUGGGAGUGUCUUGGCGCUGCUCUCGCUGCCGCUCAGGUCCGCCAGCAGGGGCACUAUCACACCCUGACAGUUUGGUUUGGUUGAUACAGAGAUACCCACACAGACACAGACACAUAUGGGGUGUUGACUGGCACGGAGGAUGGUUUGGCGAGUUGUUGGUGUGUGUUAUGUGUGUUGUGUGUGUGACCCACCUUGACGAUUUUGUCGUCGUAGUAAUCGUCUUUCCUGAGCUGCUCUCUGUAAGCGAGGAACGAGUAGAAGACCGACAGCAGCCUCGCCUGCACCGUGUCGCGGUCGAUCUGACGCUUGAAGCACUGCACCAGACUCAAGAAAGCCGCCUUCACCGUCUUGGGGCUGUUCCACAAUCGACUGACAUGACCACACACGUACAAACACAAAGACAGACACAUACAAACACAGCAAAACAUACAUGUUUCCACCAAUUUGCCUCUCUGCCCCCGGCUCACUCAGCCAGCUGACAUAACAUACAUACCGCUGCAUUGACGCGCCGCUGAGUGAGAACGCGAUGCCGCUCAUCCGGGCGUUGCGGAGGUCGUCAGCGUCCCCCUCGCCACCCUCUUUCCUCUUCUCGUGCUGACCCCUCUCGCGAGCCAUCUCGGGGCUACCCACAGUAGCCCCGCCCAUCGGCCCAUCAGGACUACCAGGCGGCCGCGACGCCACCGCCACCUCCACACCUGCACUAGCCGCCAGCUCCUGAAUCGCGCCGGGCGACAGGCCGCCCACCUCGCCGCCCCCGGCCGCCAGCUGCUGCAGCAUUGCUAUCUCGGCGGCGCUGGCGCCGCCGGCAGCCGCGGCCUCCUUGGCCAAUCUGGCGAGGGCCUCGGGGGGCACCUUGACGCUCGGCAGUGCCUCGGCUGGGGAGAGGGGCGGGGAGGGGGAGGCGUCGGCCAGGGCGGCGCUCUUGCACUGCGCAUCGAGCUCCCGGAGGAAAGCGAAGAUGAGUUUGGUGCGUGCGCCGUAGUGGCAUGCGCAUGCGUCGCGGAGGACGUCUUGGGCGAAUUUGCGGACUUGGGCGUAGUAGUACAUGGAGAGGUUGGCGACGAGUGUCAGGAGGUAGCGUCGUAUGCCGGUGAAGGGGUGGCCCUUACGGCGGAUCUCCACACGGUCGAGCAUCUUGCUCUCGAUCUUGUGCUUCCAGUAAGAGCGCGGGUAGUCCUGCCAACCGCCAUACACGUGAAUACCUAGGUACACAGACACACAAUGCACUCCACACGCAUACACACGUGUGUUGUCUUCCCAUUCCCCUGUGUGUCUGUCUGUCUAAGUGUGUGGCCUGCCUACCAUCGUUGGGCGACUGGUAUGCCGACGAGUAGAGGCUGGCGAUGGUCCGGACAGCGUUAGAUCCCGAGUAGAUGCGCACAAGCAGCGUGUCGCAGAGCCGCAGGAUCUUCUUCAUGAUCUGCGGCUCCUCCACGCCAGAGACCACACUGGCGGGCCUGAAGGUGCAGGCGAUUCGGUGGGGCUCGACCUCGAUGCCCAGCAUGUGCUGCGCCACACGGAGGGCCAGGCUGCCCGCACGGCUGUAGAAGUCAACAAACAGACAGACAGACAGACAGAGAGGGAUGUUUGACCCGGUGCGUGAGAGUUAGUGGUCAGUCAGGUGACUUGACGUCCUUACCUCAUGAGUUGUGGUCCGAGUGUGUUUGGCGCAUUGAUGACGAUGGGGCUCUGGAACUUGCCGCCCUCGUUGGUGCGCUCAUCCGGAUAGGCACACUGACACAAACAAACACAGCGAGACAGACAGACAGACAGACCACAAGAAGGUGCCGCUGCCAAGCCCGUGUGUGUCUGUGUGCUUGCUCUCUCUGCCUACCGUGACGCCCUUGACCACGUCCCUCAGCAGCUUGAGCGCCCGACACGCCAACAGGUAGGAUGACGUCCUCCGCAGCUCAGUCGGCAGCCCGGGCGACCCGGGGAAGUCCUCAAUCAGCACAUCGUCAUCGCCACUCGCCGCGAGGCCGUUCUGCAUCGGCUGCUCGGGGGAGGGUGAGGUGGUGUUGUUGUUCAUGUCGGCGUCAUCGAUGCCCUCAGUGGUGCUCUGGCCAGCCGACUCCCUGUCGGCCAGGUGGUAGGCCUCGAUGGGCAGGACGCCGUUGAGGAAACAACCCACACGCUCGAAGGCCAUCGAUACCAGAGACCUGUGCAGUGCAAGGAGACGUGACCAUGGGGGCUCGUUAAGUUAAGAGGGUGUGUUGUGUUGUGUUGUGUUGUGUGUCACUCGAGUGGUGUGUGUGCUGUGCUUACUGGCCCCAUUCGAUCUCUUCCUGCGAGGGUGCGUGCCAGCUGGUCUCGUGUGAGGCAGGCAGUUGCCACCACGGCUCGCCCCACCUGACACACAACGGAGGGGAGGGGGUGACUGCAGAAUAAUGGUGGUAGGCGUCGGUUGCUCUGCUCACUUACGUGAGCAGAUGCAGUGAUCGUUUCUUGGGGUCGUCCCAGGCUGCGUCGGGCAUUGCGCGGCAGUCGUUGCUGUAGAAGGUGAGCGACGACUCGAGGCAGCGGCGCAUGAGUUUAGACCCCCAGCGGAAGACGGUCUUCUUCUCGUGACGCCAACACGCCAGCAUCACAUCCUGCAGCUUCUCGCGGUGACCAUACGUCGCCAUACCGCCCCUGACAGACAACACCAACACACACACACACGCACACACACACACACACAUGCGUGUGCCAUCCACCCCUUCCCUCCCUCCCGCAGGCCUCUCCGCUCCGUCCUCCCGUGACCCGACCCCCCCAGCUGACCUCCUGACGACGUUGGCGAGGCAGGUCAUGUACCAGGAUAUGUCGGUCUCCUGCAUCGACCCCUUGAGCUGCACCACAUCGCCCUCCUCCUCACCCCAGCCCUCAACCACGGGCGUCGCGGGAGUCGCUGGCUGGGACCUGCCGCCAGUCGGCUUGGGCGGCGGGCCUCGAGUGAUGAGCCGCUUGUAGACCCUGGGGACGAGCACGUCGGUGGCGGUGGCUGCGUCGGCUCGCGCGAAGCACUGCGUCAUCAUGGCCAUGUGCUUGGCGCAGUCGGGGAGCAUGUUGCCUUCGAUCCAGUCUGCGAAGUUGGUGCAGAGGCGGUGGAUGGUGGGCUGGUCGCUCUGGGUCAGCACCUGCUCCACCGACUUGCCCACCACCAGCCCCACAGUCUUCUCGAUCGUACCCAUCAAAGACACCGUCGUCUCCUACAAACACACACACACACACACACACGCGCACACAGCGAUGGAUGCCCGCGUGGUGUGGUGGGUCGUGCGUGUGUCUCACUCACUGACUGACCUCAGGCUUUGAGGCGGUGGAGACCCAUCUGAGUAUGGCGUCGAAGUACUGGUCGACCCAGUCGGGUAUGAGCGACGUCACCAUCCGCCGCUGGCUGAUCUUUUCCUUGGAGGCCUCCAUGGCUGCAUCGCCGACAGUGGCUGACUCGGGCCGCGCCGCGCCCGGGUAGUUCUGGAAGGAUGGGAACUCGCCGAUGGGAAUCAGAUCGGCACGGGGGGACGACGCUCGCAGGUCUGUCAGGGACGGGCUGGCGUUGCCGGGGUAACGGCUCGCUGCGUAGCCCUGGGUGGUUUGAUUGGUGCACAGGACACACACCACACAGAGAGAUGGUCAUGAUGAGGGGGAGGGUGUGGUCUGGUCUGGUCUGUCUCCGUGCCGUGUGUGUCGACUGACUGACUGACCUUGGAGUAUUCCUGUAGCUCAGUGUCGUCGAGCUCGGGAGUCUCCGAUAGGUCGCAGCAGGGCAUGUGUGAGAAUAGGACGGUGAAGAAGCCCAGCGUGGCGAGGGUCUUCAUGGGGUCGGCGGGCUCGAUGCCCGGCAGAGUCAGCGAGAGGACGUCCGGCAGCAGCCCCGGCUGGUGCUUGAUGAUCAGCGGCGAUAUCCUCGUCAGCAAAGUCAUCGUGCUCAGCACCUGGUGGCUCUCCGUCACCGUCUCCAACGACGGUAGGAGCCUGCAGUCAGUGCACACACACAAACACAAGCCCAGCCAGCCACACAACCGAACGAUCCUCAGACAGAUUCGUUCCCCUCUCUCUGUUGCUUGCUUCUUCAACAAGCCGCCCGCCCGGACCUGACCUCUGCAGUGUGCUCUCGAGAAUGUACUCGGGCAGGAGGAAGCAGAGCCUCCUGAGGGCGUCCUCAUAUCCGUGGGAGGCCCCCUGGCUCUUGGCGAAGAGCCCCUGGAAGAUCAUGGGCAGGAACAUGUCGGCGAUCUUUUUGUCCUCGGCCUCCCCCAGCCGCAGGUCCUCCACCACCCUCCCUGUGUCGUCCACCCGCCGACCCACGCACUCCCGCACGCACCCCGGGCCCAUCCGCUCGCGCGCCACACGGCGGCAGUAGGCGGCCAAAAACUGCGAGACGAGUCCCGCGAUGAGAACGGCCCAUCUGCCGUUGUUGGAGGGGUGGGUGUAGGGGAACACGGCGUCGACGAUGGCCUCCAUGAAACACAGAACCGACGGAAAGGGGGGGAGGGUGGGGGAGUCGGUGUCUGUGGCUGGGGCUGUGGCCGUGGCGGGUGCAGGGUGGGUGUGUUGGGCCUGGUAUUUGUCAACCUUGGCCUGUGCUGAGACGAUGGGCUCGACGAUGAGUGCGAGGAACUUGGUGAUUUUGCCCUGGUUGGUCUUGUCCUGCAGCUCCUUGUACUCGGCAGGCACCUGACAACACAAUACAAUACAUCCACACACACACACUCAUGGAUUGGGAUUGGAUUUAGGCACCGACUGACACCUUCCUUCCUCUCUGAGUGACCAUAUCGAUGGCUGUUAGUUAGUUAUCUGACUGACCGAUUCGCUUUGCAUCCUCGGCCCCUUGACGCGCUGCAGGGGUAUGUUGAGGUGCCGCAGGAGCGCAUUGAAGAUCUGCGGCAGGUACGGCCGCACGUCGUCCGUGAUGGGCCGGCCCGUCGCCCAGCCCGUCUUGGCCGCGCGGUACAGCGCCGCGAACCACAGAUUGUCCCACGACGCACACAGCUGGCCGUCAACGUGCUUCCACCUGCACCAGACCGGACCCACACAGAGAGACAGACGCGUGUGCACCCCACCGUAUAAUGAAUGUUGGCUCUCCUCUCUUCUCUGACUGUCCUACCGACCAUGUGAGUAUUUUUCCUUGGUAGAAGAGGGUGUGGAAUUUGGUGGAGGGCAGGAAGAGCAUGAGCAUGCGGAAGUGCAUGUAGAGGCGGUGGGUGCGGGGGUCCACCUGCGGCUCCAUCACCUCCACAAACUCACCCCCCACCACGUCGGCGUCCCAGAACAUCCGGCACGACGCAGCCAGCUUUGCCAGCAUCGAUAUAUUCGACUUGCGACGGGAACAACCUGUGGGAUGGGCAGGUGUGACGUGACGGGAGUGACACCACCACACACACCAAACACAACCAAAGCCAGAGGCCUCCACGCAUUCUCUCUCUCCGCCCGUGUGGUGUGUGCGGCUGCGCUGCUUACUUGUGCCGGUGGUUGAUCGCAGUGAUCGUUGGAAGUCGCUGAGGAUCAUGUCGUAGAGUGUCCGCCAGUGGUCCGUCAGCGCCUUGCGCAGGGGCUCGAGCGCCUCGGUGGGCACGAGCGAAGACCGUGCGUCAGGUCGCAUCCAUAUGAGCUGGUGGUGGCGGAUGUGGAUCGACUGCAGCACCGACUGCAGGCUGUCGGCCACACGGUUCACUUCCGCACACGUCAGACGCGGGUUCCGGAUCUAGAAGUGUCAGGCAAUCGACCACACAAGACAAGACACACGCAGACCGCAGACAGACCACAGACAAACAAUCAGUCCGAUCUGAUCUGCCGACACAUUGAUUGAUUGCAGCGGUGUCAGUCAGUUCAGUGACUGUCAGUCAGUCCCUACCAGUUCCCAGAGCCUGAGAGCGAGAUCGACCCGCACUUGGCAUGGUGUGUAGGUGUCAUAGUGGUGGUCCUCGAGCUGCGUGACGCAGCGGAUCAUGAACAUGAACUUGCCAUGGUCCCGCAGCAGCAGGGGGAUGUCGUCCAGCAGCCCGAAGAUGGUGGCGUGCAGGUCCUCCGUCUCACGCUUGACCGACUCGCCAAAGGGGGACGGCAGGUGCUGGUCGGGGUCACCAAUCCAGUCGAAAUGAUCCAGCGACAUGAUAGCGGGGGCAGGAAGGUCUCUCCGAUGAGGCGGUCUUCAGCAAUACACUCGACGCUGCAUCAGCCGU